AUGGCUGGCUCCGCUCUGGUUCAUGCUGCCGUAUUCGCUGCUGGUGCCCUAGUAGGCGGAGGCGUAGCCGCUGCAGUCGCCUCGAGAAAACGCGAAUUCCCCCACGCAGCGCAAAAUUCCCAAGUAUCCGCCAUAAAAUCCCCGAUCAUUGAGGUCGGACCAGGAGGGAACGCCCAAAUAUCCACAGUCGCGUCUUCCGGAGGCGUUAUCGCCCCCCCAUUGAGAUACGGAAACCCUGGUCCCAUAGCUGAUCCCUUGGUGCGCAAAGCAUAUGUUGCUGCCUACGACCGUAGACUCCGCCAUCCUGCUUGGACGGCUGAACACUUGACACUAGCAUCACUAGGCAAGUCGGCAGUUUCUCCCCCACCCGAAGGUGGCGAGCUGGUAGACCGCCAGAAGUCGACUUUCACCGAAGAUGCCUCGUUGCCUGCUGCAUUCCGGUCCAAACUUUCAGACUACUUCCGGAGUGGUUAUGACCGCGGCCAUAUGGUUCCUGCAGCUGAUGCAAAAUUUUCCCAGGAAGCUAUGAAUGAGACAUUCCUCUUAUCUAACAUCGCGCCUCAAGUUGGCGAUGGUUUCAACAGACAUUAUUGGGCAUAUCUAGAAGACUGGUGUCGACGCCUGACUUCGUCGUUCGCUGAUGUCUACGUGUUCACAGUCCCCUUGUACCUCCCGCAGCUUCAUCCUGACGGGAAAUGGCGUGUGACGCAUGAGGUUAUUGGAUCACCACCCAACGUGUCGGUACCAACGCAUUUUGCGAAGGUUGUCUUAACAUCACGACCUGCGUCUCCGUCUACGCCGGACAUCCUUGAGCUCUCUUCCGGUGCUUUCGUGCUCCCCAACGCUGUGAUUCCGGAUGGAGCCCCACUCGAAAGCUUCAUUAUGGAUAUCGGGCAGGUUGAGAAGGCGGCUGGACUGACGUUCUUGUCUGACGAGCUGAAGGCAGCAUCCAAGCAUAUCUGCAAAACCACAAAAUGCGAAGUCAUCGUUCGUAGAUUUGACGACGCUAGAAAACGCCCAGAAAUGCGCAGAGCGAUCUCGUCACCAAAGUAG